AUGAUGCGCAUGAUGGACGAUCCUCGUUCAAUAGAACACGAAGUCCGAAAAUUCAUUGACUCUGGAGCCCUUGAGGAAUACUUCAAAAACGGCAAAAUAACGCUUCAGUAUCUUCUGCAUAGCGUUCAGUUGGAUAUGCCAGACGAGUGCGAUUGGGAGACGUUCCAAGAAGAAUUUUUCCGCCAGUAUUCUCAAAAGAUCAUAAUUUGUCGUGCUCUCUCGAAUUCUAACGAUGACGAUAGCAACCAAGAGGCGAGCCCACAAACUUCUGGCUUCAGAAGUGAUUUUUCGGUCUCGCGCACUGUUUCUCCCGUUAGAAAACUCCACGGUGGUCAUGAUAACAACAAUGUGAUCGACGCGAACCGUGAGUCCAGUCGCCGCCGUCGAACGCAAGCUAUAAGAAGAGGCGAGCAAGCUCUUCUAGAAGAACGCUUGAAUCGUCUUACGAUCAACGUUGGUCAUCAAGUUGUCCGUCCACCCCCAGAACCUCAAUCCGAAUACCCGCGCAUUCUACGAGUUGAUGAAUACGAAAGUCUUUACCAAAAGCUUUUCGACAGUAAUCUCCGAAUAGAUUGCGAACGACACGGAGAUAGUUGGGCGACAAUCAAUGAGCUUGGAAGCGAGGAGGGAGAAGUUUGGAACACACGAACCCAGGCAACUACCUUGCUCUAUUCUCCAUUCAACGAGGAAAGAGUUGGCCAUGGUGUUCAAAUCAAGUACUUAGCUGAGAAGUCUGUUUUGACGGGUUUGUACUUGUUUAAACCGAAAUCAAUUCAAUACUUGGAUUCAAACGAGAUCAAUGCACUCCGAAAGGGUUACGGACGCCUUCUCGAGCGAUUGUCAUCGGCUGAGGAAGUGGCGAAGAUCAAAGAAACACCGUACGAUUACCGCUACUUCUGCUGGCUCUGCGGUGCGGACGACAUCGACGAAGUUGUCGAGGUCCUUGUCAAACCAACCAGACAAGAGAGAUCCUCUCGCCGCUCCUCCCGACAAUUCGAAUCUACCUAA